AUGGCGGGAACCGUGGCGGCGCAGGACCUCAAUCGCGGCGACGUUGAAAAGAUCGUGCGUGACUACCUGCUCGAAAACCCGGAGAUCAUAGCCGAGGCUCUCAACGAGCUUCAGCGCCGCGAACAGGAAGCUGAAGAAGCCGCCCGUCUGCAGGUGCUCAGCGAUAGUGCCGACGUCCUUUUCAAUUCCACCCGUCAGGUGGUCCUCGGGAAUCCGGAAGGGUCUGUCACAAUCGUGGAAUUUUUCGACUACAACUGUGGCUACUGCAAGCGCGCCUAUGGCGACAUGGUCAGGCUGAUUGAUGAAAAUCCUGAUCUCAAAGUCGUCCUGAAGGAAUUUCCGGUGCUUGGUCAGGGCUCGAUCGAAGCCGCACAGGUGGCGGUCGCCGUAAACUCGGUCGCGCCGGAAAAAUACGGUGAUUUUCACGAAGCUCUGCUUCUGAGCCGAGGCCAGGCCAACCUGUCGAGCGCGAUGGCUGCUGCGACAGGAGCAGGUGUUUCCGAGGCCGAUCUCCAGGCUGCCAUGGCAACCGAUGAGGCGGGCCAGACCAUCGAGGAAGUCUACGCGUUGGCAAACCGUCUCGGACUGACAGGAACACCAUCCUACGUCGUUGGAAACGAAGUCGUGAUGGGCGCAGUUGGAUACGACCAGCUGACCGCCAAACUGAGUGCCUUGAAGAAUUGCGGCGAGGCAACCUGCUGA